UAACCAACAUGGUGCUGGAGAAGAAAGCGUCUGCUCGGGUGGAGGCGGGUCAGCGGAGGGUUUUAGAUGAAGCGACUCGUCAGAGGCGUCUCAGCAGACAGUUGGAGGCUUUAGAGAAAGAUAACUUCCAGGACGACCCGCUGUCCUCGCUGCCUCCCCCAGGUCCUACUGCCCGCCUGCCGGCCUUCAGCGAGACAGAAGAACCUGAGAAGAAGAAGAGGAAGACGAGGGGCGACCACUUCAAGCAGCGUUUCAGGAAGAACUUCACGACGCUGUUCGAGGAGGAGAACCUGUCGGAGAAGCCGGAGCCGAACUACCUGUCGGCGGCGGCCCCCCCCUCCUCGCUGCCCCCCCGACACUUCUGCUGCGUGUGUGGCUUCCCCUCGCACUACACCUGCACCACCUGCGGGGGGCGCUACUGCAGCACCAAGUGUCUGUGCACACACCGAGAGACCAGGUGUUUGAAGUGGACGCUUUAACUGUUGCCACGGUGACGGUGAUGAUGUUGUGUAAAUAAUAAUAAAUGUUUAUUUGAUUCAUUUUUAAUAAAAACUG